AUGUCUGACGGAAAGGAAGAGCUCGUUAACCGCGCCAAACUCGCCGAACAGGUAAGAUAAUUACUUAUAAUAAUUAGCAACUUAUCAUAACUUGAUAUUACUUUAUAGGCUGAACGUUAUGAUGACAUGGCCGCUUCAAUGAAGAAGGUCACCGAACUUGGAGCCGAACUUUCCAACGAAGAGAGAAAUCUCCUCUCAGUUGCUUACAAGAACGUUGUUGGAGCUCGUCGUUCAUCAUGGAGAGUCAUCUCAUCCAUCGAACAAAAAACCGAAGGAUCUGAGAAGAAACAACAAAUGGCCAAGGAAUACCGCGAGAAGGUCGAAAAGGAGCUUCGCGACAUCUGCCAAGAUGUUUUGGUAAGUUUAUUGAUUUUUCAAAAAUCGAUAACAAAAAAAAUUAAUUAUUUUUUUUUAGAACUUGUUGGACAAAUUCCUCAUCCCAAAGGCCGGAACUGCUGAAUCAAAGGUCUUCUACCUUAAGAUGAAGGGAGAUUACUACCGUUAUUUGGCCGAGGUUGCCUCAGGAGACGACAGAAACUGUAAGUUUAUUUUUUAAUUGAACUUGUUUUUAUAACCCACCUUUGACUAACUUGAAACUAUGCAAGCCUGUGUGUGGAGUGUGAAGAAUCUCGAAAAUAAAAAUAAAUGAAUGAAGACAGAGAGUGAGAGGAUACAUAGUUUCAAGUUAUUCAAAUAUUUUCUCGAAUUUUAAAUCAAUAAAUAUCUUAUCUUGUUACAGCGGUUGUCGAGAAAUCGCAACAAAGCUACCAAGAGGCUUUCGACAUUGCCAAGGAUAAGAUGCAACCAACUCACCCAAUCCGUUUGGGACUUGCCCUUAACUUCUCUGUCUUCUUCUACGAGAUCUUGAACGCUCCAGACAAGGCUUGCCAACUCGCCAAACAGGUGUGUUUUUUUUUUCAUUUUUCUUUUUUCUAGCUGCUGCAAAUAUGGGACAAACAUCAUAUGCUGAAGCACUCGAAAUUGCUAAUAAAGAGCUUUUGCCAACAAAUUGUGUUCGACUUGGACUUGCGCUGAAUUAUUCAGUGUUUUUCUAUGAAGUCGCUGCGAGCCCUGACAGAGCUUGUCAACUUUCAAAACAGGCACAAUUUUCAAAUCAAUCAAUAAUAAUUUUAAAAAAUUAAAAUAAAUAAAUAAAUAUUAAUUUCAGGCUUUCGAUGAUGCUAUCGCUGAACUCGAUACAUUGAACGAGGACUCAUACAAGGACUCAACUCUCAUCAUGCAAUUGCUUCGUGAUAACUUGACCCUCUGGACAUCUGACGCCGCCACCGAUGAUGUUGACGCCAACGAGCCAGAAGGAGCCAACUAA